ACGAAUUUGCGUGUGCUUGUUCUCUCUGAGCUAAGGCCAUUCGGCGACUUGCACAUUUAUUUGAUUAAAUAAUUUAUCGAAAAUGACUUCAACAGCCGAACUUGCUUGUGUCUAUUCCGCCCUCAUCUUAGCUGACGAUGAUAUUGCUGUUACCGGCGAAAAGAUUCAAACAAUCUUGAAAGCCGCUAACGUCGACGUUGAACCCUACUGGCCAGGUCUUUUCGCCAAGUCACUCGAGGGUGUCAACAUCAAGGAACUAAUCACUAAGAUUGGUUCAGGUGUUGGGGCUGCCCCAGCUGCCGCUGCGUCUGCCGCUGCACCUGCCGCGGCCGCUGCUGCCCCAGCUAAAGAAGAGAAGAAGAAGGAAGAGGAGCCUGAAGAGUCCGAUGAUGACAUGGGACUGGGACUCUUCGACUAAACUGGAGUUUCAUUAUGAAAAUGUACAACUUGUAUUUUAAGUAAUAAAACUCUUUUUUAAAUUUUGUUCUAAA